ACUUCUGAGACUCGCGGCGUGGCCCUGGGUCUGUCCUUGAAGGCUCGCCGAGGACACUUUGUCGGCCUUGACUGUGGUCAUGAAAACAAAAAUAAUGCUGAAGGUCGUGCAGUCCAUGCACAAAACACUACGAGGUAUAAAGACCACCGGAUAGUUUCGUCUGUCACAUUUUGUUACCAAUACCUCGUGGAGCGACAGUCAGCCAUGAAGCCUCUGACUAUUAUGGGAGUGAUGGCGGCUGCCAUGGUGAGUCUCGUGGCAGGUGACGCUGAGGCUGAGCCGUCGUUAGGCCUGGGCGGGGGCUAUCACGUCUCCAGCAUCUAUGGGUACGGCUUGGGACCCAAACUGGGUUAUGGCCUGGGUUACGGAUAUGGCCUUGGAUAUGGCUUAGGAAUAGGCCUUGGGCACAAGCUGGGAUAUAGACCAUACGGCCUCAUUGGCGGUCAUUUUCGACGUAAACGUGAGGCGGAACCCAAGGCCGAGGCUGACCCCGGCCUGAUCACGGGUCACAAGAAGGUUCACCACGAGAGUUACACCGUGGUUCUUCCUCCCUUCAACCUUGGUUACGGACUUGGGUACGGCGUUCCCUAUGGGUACGGGCAUGGCUAUGGGUUGCCUUACAUUGGUGGUUAUUUUGGCUAGAACCGACUGAUCACUGUUUCACACGUCAAGACGAUGCUGACCUGAAUUAAUUGUAACCUGUCUUGUAAACAACUGCUGUUUUCGUUUUUUUUAUUUUCUUCUCUUACCAGGUUAUGGUGAGAGCCUUCUUUAUAUGUAUUUCCACAUAAAUAUCAAGAUUUUUGCUACAUUUGA